CUAGCCGGAAAUCCUGCCUCAAAGUCCUACUGUCAUUGGACGAACAUGGCGUCAAUCUCAAACGCGGAACAGCGCUUAUCCUUCUCGUUGCUGUCUGGGCAGACAUGUGAUCAGUAAUUUAGGAACAAUAAAAUCGUUAAUAAAUAAAAUCAACUUAAGAUGCUGAGUGACAGAGAAGCUAAAGAAUUGCUAAAUUUCCUAACUUUGGAAACAAGGCCGGAUGUAAAGGGUCAGGCAACGGAGUACAUUCUUGGUCUCACUGGCACCAAAGACGGCUGCAGAUACCUACGGGGCAAACCGGAUUUCCUCAAAGCUCUGCUCACUCUCACCAGUGACCUGUCUGUGGCUAUCGUUAAAGACUGCUACCAUGCCCUGAUAAACCUAUCUGCGGAUGAAACGCUACACAGAGCCCUAGUGCAGGAUGCCAAUAUCCUGCCUGUCUUGUUUUCCAAUCUCCUGGACCCUACGUACAUGUUUGCAGACCGAAUCUGCACCAUUUUGACCAACCUCACACGACAUGAAAAGACCUGCAAGGACGUCUUCAAGGUUUUUCAAGAAGAGCACAUUGGUCUGGCUAAAAUAGUUGAGAUCCUGUGCACGGAUGAUUAUAAUAAAACGGCUUCCCUCCACUACCUGGGCCCACUCCUGUCAAACCUCACACAGCUGCCAGAGGCCAGACAGUUUAUCCUUGACAAGGAAAGGUGUGUGGUUCAGCGUCUCCUGCCGUACACGCAGUAUGAAGCAUCGAUGGUCAAACGGGGUGGAGUCAUUGGAACUUUAAGAAACUGCUGCUUUGACCACGCCUAUCAUGAGUGGUUGCUAAGUGAUGCCGUGGACAUCCUGCCAUUCCUGCUGCUGCCGCUGGCGGGACCAGAGGAGCUAACGGAGGAGGAGAAUGAAGGAUUGCCUGUGGAUUUGCAGUAUCUUCCUGAAGAUAAAAAGAGAGAGGGGGACCCGGAUGUUCGUAAAAUGCUAAUCGAAACUCUUCUCUUGUUAACAGCCACCCAGGCGGGCCGUCAGAUUUUGAAGAGUAAGAACGUGUAUCCCAUCAUGAGGGAGUUUCACAAAUGGGAAACGGAGCCGUCCGUCAUCUCCGCCUGUGAAAAACUGGUGCAGGUCCUAAUUGGGGAUGAACCAGAACCUGGAAUGGAGAACCUGAUGGAGGUGGAGAUUCCCGAAGAUGUUGAGAUGAAGCUGCAAGACCUGGACGCAAAGGAGCAGGAGCAGAUUGAGAAAGAGCAGGAGGAAUUGAUCAGGGCUGCGACCGAGGAGAACACUGCUCGUGAACAGAGUUAGCAUGAAAGAGGACAGAACUGCAUGGAAGCUGGAACCCUUUGAUGAAUUGUGCAUACACUAUACCACAAAGAGAUGUAAAGGCAGCAGAUAGUUUUCUAAGGAUUAAAACAUAUUUUAUACUAUAGUUAAUUAUUUUGAAUGCAUUUAGUGUCUGGACCUUAGUCUGGUCAAGGUUAAAGUUUCUAAAAACCUAAGAAUACUGUUCAUAAUCAAUGUAAAAGACAGGAAACUUAUCAGGCUAUUGACAAGAUGGGCUGUGAAGUUACUUACGAUUAUACUUUGGGAUAGUAAGACACUAUUACACAAGGUUGGCUUAGGAGUGGCAAGUCAGCAGUAUCCCCGAAACUCCACGCUAAUGCUGGAGACUUUAUUAGCCACCAAAGAGAGAAGCGAAUGCAGACAUUAGCUCCACAUUCUGGCUGAUUUUUGCAAGAUGAGGACAAAAGCCACUCGUGUGUGGAGUUCUGAAAGAACCUCAAGUAGGUUUCUGCGCACCUACAGAAAGUUCUGUCUGUGAUACGCGAAAAUUAGACUCUCUGUUGUCACAGACUUUGAAUUUCAAAGUACAUCCUGAAUUUCACGACUUGAAUCGGUAUAAAUAUUUAACCGUGGAGUAGAGCAAGAAGAAAAAAAAAAAAAUCAAAAGUGGGAGCUGAAAUUCAAUUUGUCAGAUGUACGCUUUUUCCAUAUUUGAUCAUCACAGAGCGAACCCUUAUUAGUACUUUACCACGUUGUGAUUCUUGCUUCUGAGGUCUGUGGCCAACUUAUAAUUCUGGCAGAUCCUCUUUGGAAAAAGCACCUGUUUCCGAUUCCUUGGCAGGACAGUGAUGGCCGUCCUCUCAUCUAUUCAUCCGCCUACUCACAGCGCUCUCGGUAUUCCUAGGCCUUUCCUUCUGGCGCUGUCUGCAAUAAAACGAUUUCAGAGAUCAGAA